AACCGCGGGAGGCCCGACGCGUGCUCGCGCGCGUGGGCGUCCCGACAGGGCUCUGCAGCUUGCUGGCAGGUUCAGGCGUGCGGUGGGAGUGGUGUCAAGAGGACGGGCCAUGCCGCUAAACAGCAAGAUCUACAUGCCCAUGACAGAGCAGGAGCCUCCCAAGAGCAAGUACGAGUCGACGAUGAACGUCCUCGACUUCUGCAAGAGGGCUGGCAUCGACAAGACUGUGAAGAAGCACGACGCGAACCCGCCGAAACACAUAUAUGAACAUCCCACCAUGAUCCGGUGGCAGCCCGAAGGCGGCCCCGAGGGCAAGAGCGCGUACGUGAAGAAGAAGUGAGCCGCGGCGUGUGCUGGCCCGCCUCCACCUCCUCCCGAUCCUGCGGCUGGGGGAAAUUGGCUAUGUGAUUGUGCUUAUGCUCGCUCGUCCUCUUGGUCUCGCUCUCUCUCUCUCUCUCCCUCCCUCUCUCUCUCUCUUUCUGUCUCUCUCCCGAUCUCUCCCUCUCUGAGCUGCAGCUGCGGGCCGAAAUCAAAGUUGGCUUGCGCACCUGGUCGCUCGACGCGCCGCGGACGCGCAUACUUCCGCGGACACGCAAGUCUGAUCACUGGCUUUCUGCAGGCGCGGGCCCCCCUGGAAACCUGGCCCGCACAGUUGUGACGGGGGAGGAUGGAGAAGGGAGGCCGGGGGAGGCUGCCGAGCGCACAGGCCUCCGAGGAAGGGCGUCGGGGCCCCCUCCCCGCGGCCCACCGUCCCUGGACUGCUCUCGCAGGCAGAAGCGCCACCGAGAGCGCCUCCUCCUCCUCCUGCCCGUGCAGCCCGUUGGGCCCCAGCGUGGCUGCUGCAGCUAAGCGCCCUCGAGAGCACCACGCGUGCUGCGUGCGUCCAGCGGCUCUCGCCCGACCGGACCGGCGAGGCCAGCGCGGCCAUCAGUGGUCGGCCAUCGCCAGAGCAGGUCAACGUCUCUUUCGCGUCCUCAUCGUCGUC